AUGGUGCUUGGACUCUUACCUCCAAAGGCAUUUUGGUCAUUAAUACUCCUUGCCUCCCAUCUUCCAUGCAUGAACUGCAUAGGAAUCGGGUUCCCUGCGUUAGGAAACGAGACAGAUAGACUCGCCUUGAUCGCAUUCAAGGAACGGAUAUCCAACGAUCCUUUCCGAGUCUUCAACACAUGGAACGAUUCCUUCCAUUUCUGCGAUUGGAAAGGAGUCACAUGCGGUGGUCGUCGGCAUCCUCAAAGGGUCACCGCCUUGAAUCUUGUGUCCAGUAAAUUGGUAGGGCCCAUAUCACCUCACAUGGCAAACCUCACCUUCCUCAGAAGUAUAAACCUCUCGAGCAACAGCUUCCAUGGAGAAAUCCCACGGGAAAUAGGCCGGCUCUUCCGGCUCCGUUAUCUUGAUCUGAGCAGUAAUGUGCUGCAAGGAAGAAUCCCCGAUGACCUGUUCCACUGCUCAGAAAUCAGAUUCAUCAUUUUAAAUCGAAACAAGCUCUCAGGGAGAAUUCCCGUCCACCUUAGCUCUCUGUCAAAGCUUAAGUUACUGAAGCUUGGUCAUAACAAUCUCAUCGGCAACAUCCCACCACCAUUCGGGAACCUCUCAUCUCUUGUUUCUCUCUAUCUCCAUUACAACAAUUUGGAUGGAAGCAUUCCAGAUGAUUUAGGACGGCUACUGAAGCUACAAUUUCUUCGGGUCUCUUUCAAUAAUCUGUCCGGUAUGAUCCCACCAUCGCUUUACAACCUCUCAUCCAUCAUUUAUUUCUCCGUGUCUGCUAACCACCUUCACGGAAACAUUCCACCCAAUAUAGGUGACACCCUUCAUAAUCUUGGAGGUCUUUUCCUGGGAAAUAACACAUUUACAGGUCCAAUACCGGUUUCACUACCCAAUGCUUCAGGAAUUACUUGUGUUGAUUUUGCUUUAAAUGAUUUUAGUGGACCCGUGCCUGUGAACUUGGGAAGUCUACAGCAUCUCCGUAUCCUAAAUUUAGCUGCUAAUGAGCUUGGAGGUGGAGAAGGAGAUAAGGACUUGAGUUUCCUCACUUCUUUGAAUAAUUGUAGCCUUUUGGAAGCAUUACUUGUAACUGAUAAUCAGCUGAGAGGAACACUGCCAGCCACCAUCGGCAAUCUUUCUACCCACCUAACAAUGUUAGGGUUAGGAGGAAGCCCCAUAUCUGGAAGCAUCCCAACAUAUAUAAGCAAUCUCUUGAGCUUAAAUAGUCUAGAGAUACAUGAGAGCUCUGUCAUGGGUACCAUUCCUAUUGGUAUUGGGAAGCUUCGAAAUUUGCAGGGCUUGUAUUUGUAUGGAAAUAAACUCUCAGGACAAAUCCCAUCCUCCAUCGGCAACAUCACUGGAUUGGCUAUGCUCUCUUUAAGUGAAAAUCGUUUGCAAGGAAGUAUCCCUUCGAGUCUUGGAAACUGCAGUCUUCUUCAAAUAGUAUCCCUCGAUAGAAAUGAGCUUAACAGUACCAUACCCAAAGAAGUUCUAAGUAUUCCUUCUCUUGUUGAACUUCAUCUAGGUGAGAAUUCUUUGAUCGGAUUUUUACCGUCCGAAGUUGGUCAGUUAAAACAACUUCAACAUUUGGAUGUUGCCCGCAACAAAUUGAUAGGCGAAAUUCCGAGCAUGCUAGGCAAUUGUCCAAGCCUAGAAGUCUUUAAUUUGAGCAAUAACUUAUUUCAGGGUGUCAUUCCUCUAUCUUUGGGCAACUUACAAAGUAUUCUACUGUUAAAUCUUUCUCAUAAUAACUUGUCUGGCCAAAUUCCACAAGUUCUGGAGAAAUUUCCAUUUUUGCAGUAUAUGGAUUUGUCUUCGAAUGAUCUUGACGGCCCAGUCCCAACUCAAGGAUUUUUCAAAAAUUCAAGCGCAUUUUCGAUCCUUGGAAACAUCAAGCUUUGUGGAGGUAUCCCACAAUUACAGCUGCUAGCAUGCCCGGAGAAAGCUCCUAAGAAAAAUGGAAGGUCGACGUCUCUUAUAGUAAUAUUCUCUGUGGUCGGUGCAGUUUUAGGUUUGAUUCUUUUAUCCUUUCUCUUUGCCACUCUUUAUCGGGCGAGAAGAAAGGCCAACAAGAAGCCUUUGCCUGCAUCUUUAUUGGAGGGCCAGUUUUUAAAUGUUUCCUUUGCGGAUCUCUUUAAAGCGACUGGAGGGUUCUCUUCGGACAAUUUGAUUGGAAUGGGAAGUUAUGGUUCUGUAUACAAAGGAAUUCUAAAUGGCGAUGAAACACUUGUUGCAGUGAAAGUUUUCAAUUGUCAUCAACGUGGAGCUUCUAGAAGUUUCAUGGCUGAAUGUGAAGCAUUGAGAAAUAUCCGGCAUCGGAAUCUGGUUAAAAUCAUAACUGCUUGCUCAAGCAUUGAUUUUAAUGGUAAUGAUUUCAAAGCACUAGUAUUUGAGUACAUGCCUAAUGGGAGUCUAGAGAAGUGGUUGCAUCCAAGUGUACAUGGCGAAUAUGAAAUGCAGAGCUUGAACCUUAUUCAAAGACUAGAUAUAGCCAUUGAUGUCGCCUCUGCAUUGGAGUAUCUUCAUCACCAUUGCGGCACACCAGUCGUUCAUCGCGAUCUAAAACCAAGCAAUAUUCUACUGGAUGAUGACAUGUGCGCCCACGUGGGUGAUUUCGGAUUAGCAAGGUUCCUUUCUAAUGCUGCCAGUAAUACCUCUCAAGAUCAAACCAGCUCAACUGGGAUCAAGGGAUCUGUUGGCUAUAUUCCUCCAGAGUAUGGAAUGGGCGGAAAGGCGACUACAUGUGGAGAUGUCUACAGUUACGCUAUCCUUCUUUUAGAGAUGUUCACAGGAAAAAGUCCAACUGAUGGCAUGUUUAAAGACGGUCUAAGCCUCCACCAAUUUGUUAAGAUGGCUUUACCAGAUCGAGUGAUGGAGAUUGUAGACCCACAACUUCUCUUAGAAGAAGUUCAAGGUCUGAACAAUGGAGAACAACUUCGCAUUGCAAGAACUAAAGCACGGGAAUGUGUGGCUUCUAUGGCCAAAAUUGGCAUCGCAUGUUCUGUAGAAUCUCCAAAUGAGAGGAUGCAAAUGAGAGAUAUUACCAAAGAAAUUCAUGCAAUCAGGGACUUAUAUCUUGGGGUUGAGAUUCACUGAGAUGAGAAAAAUGGCCCAUGAUUAUUGGGCCAAGGUUUGUCUUAUCACGCAUAGUUAUUAUUAACAAGUUGUGGUUGGUUAUUGAAUGGAAGAUACAUGUGUGAGGGUUAAGUUGCUCAUCCUGCUGGCGGUUAAGCAAAGUUUGUAUGCAUCCAGUGGCUGUCCCAAUCCGAUGACGUAACAUGGUGUUGGGUUGUGUUUAGUUGGUUCUGUGUUUUGGCCUCCUCUGUUGUUUUGGUUGUGUUUGCUUCGUGUAAUGGUUGUGUAGUGGGGUGGUUAGUCGGUUUGGCACCCCUUCAGAGAUGUAAAUGGUUUUUGUUUGGACAUCAAUAAAAUUUACAAGUGCUG